AUGGCGUCAUUGCCGGCGUUCCGAGUUCUCGUCAUUACCAUAUCAAUAGCUGAAUCCACUUUGCCCCUCACCUUCUUCGACAUAGCAUGGGAAAACGCUGGAGCGGUGGAACGAGUUUUCUUCUACCAUAUCUCCCACUCCACCUCCGACUUCUUCGACUCCAUCCUCCCCGACCUCAAGUCCUCCCUCUCCCUCGCUCUCCAGCAGUUCUACCCGCUUGCCGGCAAGAUCUGCCACCCCCUCGACAAGUACGAGAUCCACUACGCCGACGGCGGCGGAGUACGAGGCGGACUUCGAGGAUAUCUCCGGCACCCAUGGAAGUGA